UGACCUUUGCUCGUUGACCUUUCAACUGCCGUCACAUAAAAAAAAUGCAAACAUGUCGAAAAGAGUAAACGAAAUUUUGUUAAGAAAUGUAUACAAACCACUGGGAACACAUAUUCCUCUUCAAAGACCAUUUGCUUUACGAAAUAAUGUUGCUCUUAGAAAGAAUAAACGAGGCGCCGCACCUUGUGUAACUGAAAUGUCGGUACUUAUGUCUUGUUGGAAGCAGAACAGUUAUAACGAUAGCAGUUGCCUCGAAGAAAUUACAGCUUUUCAAAAAUGUUUCGUUGAAGCAGAGAAAGAGAAGAAGGAAUUUCAGGCAGCUGCAAAAGAGGGCAAAAUUGAAGAAGGACGAGCAACAUGCCAACAAGUGAACACACUGAUGAAAAAGUUUCCGCAGCAGAGUAAUAGUAGGAAAUAUAAAAAAACACAGAAUCAAAGACUUUUUACAAGUUUUCCCAAGAAGCAAUGAGAAGAAACUUACAUAUGUGUGAAUGAACAGAAGAUUGAGGUGCAACUCAGUGUGAACGCAAUGCCAGGAAGAAUACAUGUUCUGUAUUGGCAAUCCGGAUACUGAGGCUUUGGGUAGUUAACAACCAUGCCCUAUCCGAGGUUUCACAGUGUUUGUCCUAUGGAAAUACAUUGUAACAAAAGAAAAUAGAAAUUGAAUUUAAAUGGUCUAAAGGGUAUAAAAGACUUUACAUAAUGCAGUGAAAGAGAUAGCUCUGCUGCAUACAAAGCAAUACCCCCCCCCCCCACAAACAUCAAAUGCUGUAUAUCAGGAAGACCGUCACUUUUUGCGGAAGGAAACACAAUAGUGCCGAUGUUUUCGAUUUAGAUACUGUUUUUGAAUUCCUAUGAUAGUAUAAUUUAUACUAAGUAAGUUUAAGCAUCACUACUGAUCAUAGAGAGAUUUCAAUAAAUUAAAUAAAUAUAAUGUUUCGUU